AUGGCGCACACGAUCGGCCCUCAUCUGGGCGCUCUCCAUGAUGCGGCAGCGUGUGAAAUCAGGAGAAUCGCAGCUUCAGCGUCGAGAGGUGCUUGUCGGCGGCGGAACGAUGUCAAGAUACCAGAUUCGCGGCUCUUCCAAGGGCUGGGCACGUCGUCGAUGCCAAAAGACUGCACUGUUCCGAUCCCAAGCGUCGGCGAAUGCGCCGUCCACCUGGAGUUGCUCGAGUUGUUUUACUACUUGCAGGUGCGAGUUCUGCAGUCCACAGAGCUGGACGCAGCGUUUGGGAUCCACCCAGACAAGAAGACGGUAUUCCGCAAAAACUACUCGAGCCGCAGGUAUGAGCCGGUUGUUCUAAGAGACAAAACCUUUGAGACUAGGAGGAAGGCAAAAUGGCAUUGCUUUCUGGAUCUUGCUGUAUUGCGAUUUAUAAGAUGGGCGAUCAAAAUAGAUGAGGCGAUGGAGUCGAAGGGCAUACGCAUCCCUCUCCUCCCCCCUCUAGAUAUCCUCAUGGUGUGGCAUGCACUGCUACUCAAUCCCGUGCAAUUUGAAAAAUACUGCGUUGACAAUAAGUUGACUUCGAUUUGCAAACUGCCUUUCCCAUGGCUAGAUAUCCACAAGGCUAUUGACUCCGAAAAUUGCCUUUACAAGCCAGCAGAACACGACAGGCUGGAGCUUCCCUCUGACAGCUUAUCAGACUUAGACCUCUUUCAACAUUUGGUCGAACUCGGUCGGGCUGAGGACAAAGCCAGGGCAACUUUAUCAAGGGAUAGCCCUCAGCCGUCCCAGGUUACUGCCUCGGGGAACGAGCCCCCCUGGGUCAAAUCCGGGACGCUCCGUGAAAACGUCGAACGGCAAGCCUCAUUUGUCGACAAAAUGCAUGCGCAGCUCUGGAUUCGCAGCCCAGCGGUUGAGGGCACUCUUCGCCGCGCUGUCGACCGAUACGAAAAAUUCCUGUGGCUGUUCAAGCAUUAUCCGCUCACAACUCUCGUUCCUACGCUGGAUAUCGACCUCGUAUGGCAUACACACCUGUGUUCUCCGGAGCACUACCGGCAUUCAAUGGUCGCGCGUACCGGGAGAUUCAUAAACCAUGCUGACACCAUCAGCAAGGAGGUCCUGAGCCACGGCAUAGACAAAACGGCGGAAUUCUUCCUUGUGCGGUUCGGUCAGGAGUACGAUGUCUGUAAAUGCUGGGAUUGCGAGGCUAUCGCGUUAGCGAUUGAGGAACGUGUUGACUGUGAUACGGACAGAAAAAUGCCUUUGGAGGCGUCCAUUGAGGAUAUCGUGCACUUAGUGCAGGGCUACCGAGCGAUGGAAUUGGAAAGGCGGCUAGCGAGGCCCCUCUCCUUUUAG